UUAUCAUGUGUGUCGGGGCUAAUUUCACCGGUAUGACACAGAUGAAGAAGGCGGAACUGAGGAAUGCACUAAAGAUGAUGGUGUAUGUGGUAGUACAGUUGGUUGAAGAGUUUGAAACUGAUGCCACCAAACCAGAUUCCCUCGACAUUGUCACCAACAAGGUUCAGUUGUGAACUAUUGUUAGGGUAGGGGUGCGAACUGAUAGUGAAAUAGAAGUAAUAUAGGAAGAGGUACAGCGAGAUUGUAUUAUAUUAUUCCAUCCUCCAACUAUAGUCAAAGUAUUGGGGAUGGUUUGUUUGUCAUUUUGUUUACUCACGUGCCUGCAAAAAAAUGCAAAACCGUUAAUACUCGAAAGCCUUUUUGAGG